AUGGGGAACUGCUUGUAUGCGGUGGAUCCCUUCCUCUCCAAAGAAAAGAACUCAAGUACCUUGGACUUGGAAGGCUACUCUUUGAAUGGCUGGAAUUACUCUGAUUAUGAACUAUUUGACUACAAUGACAGCAGCCUGGAAGAAGCCGCCCCUUGCCUCUCCUAUAGUCUGCUCAACAACUCCUCACUGCCUUUCUUCAUCAUGACCAGCGUCCUGGGGAUCCUAACUAAUGGAGCUGUCCUCCUUGCCCUUCUCAAACCCCUCUUCCACUGGGAGCUCUGUCCUGGCCGACCUAUCUUGGUACAGUUGGCUGUGGGCAGUGCCCUUUUCAGUGUGGUGGUACCCAUCCUGGCACCAGGGAUUGGCAGCUCCCAUAGCAGCAUCCUGUGUUGCAUAGGCCACUGGGUCUGGUAUGUCUCAGCCUUUGCGCAGGCUCUGUUGAUAGGGUGCCGGGCCUGCCUGGGCCCCAAGCUGAGUGCAUAUCAGGUCCGAGGCCUCACUCUGGGGCUCACUGUGGGAGUUUGGGGAGUGGCUACCCUGUUGGUACUGCCAAUCACCUUGGCCAGUGAUGCUGUCCAAGGAUUCUGCACCCUGAAAUCCAGCAAGGGGUUGGGGACUUUGUACUACAUGCAUGCUGCAGCCUGUUUUGCCAUCUUCUUCUUGUUGCCACUGGGUUUGGUGGGAGCCUGGGGGCUGAAAAGGGCCUUGGGUGUAGGGCCAGGAUCCUGGGUUGAUAUCCUGUGGGUGUGGUUCAUUUUCUGGUGGCCUCAUGGGUUGGUUCUGGGAUUGGACUCCUUGGUGAGGUCCAGAGUCUUGCUCCUAUCAACAUGUUUAGCUCAGCAUGUCCUGGACUUGCUGCUGCAUCUGGCAGAAGCCCUGGCCAUCUUGCAUUGUGUGGCUAUGCCCCUGUUCCUGGCUUUGUUCUGUCACCAGACCACCCAUACUUCCUUGCCCUCCACAUCCCUCCCUACAAGAUGGUCUUCUCAUACGGACACCCUUGGAGGCAAAUCUUAG